GCUGAAUAUAGAACCUACUCGGAUAAUGUUAGAAAUUUUGAAUAUGAUGAUAAUACUAAUAAAGACACCAGCAACAACAAAGCUGACGAAAAUGAUACGGAUAAUAGCAUUGAACUAAAUGCUAGCAAAGCUGAGAAUAAUGAUAAGACAAUUAUUGAAGAAAAUGGAAAAAUGAAUAAAGUGGAAAAAUGUAUUAGUGAUGAUGAAGUACUAACUAAAAUUGACAACACGAAUGAGAUACCUACUGAUAGAAAGCUUAAAGACAAAUGUGAAAUCUGGAUGAAAAAGGUGGAAAAAUUGAGGAACACGGUUAUAGACGAAUUUAAAAAGAUAAUCAAGAAUGAUAUAAGCAAAAUGAAAAAAAAGAACACAUACCUAAACGAUUACAGAAAACUUCGAUCACCUGCUGAGAAGGGGAAAAUUGUUAUGCUGGAAAAUGGAAUCAGAAAUGAAAUAACUGUUAAAGACAGAAAAAAAAAAACAUUCGAAAGACAUUUAAGCUCUACUGAAGGUAGCAAUUCAGAUGGACGACAUAACCUUGGAUAUU